AUGAAGGGCCGUGGCCUGAAUCUUUUGGCGGCAUCGGUGGCUUUAUUGAUAUUAGCAGCAGCGAGUCCGGUGGCGAUUCGCGGUGACGAAAGGGAUGAUUACAGAUGUGGCAGACACUUUGAGUGCGCAAGAUGCGGCGGAAGGCGUUGCUGUAGCACAUCCGAAUACUGCGGGGAUACUGACGCCUACUGUAAGCAUCCUAAUUGCCAACUGCAGUGCAAAGAUUCAACUCCCGGUUGUUUCAGAGCUCCGCCCGCAGCUUAUAACAUGUACAGUACUGAUGGCAUUAAUGGAGCAACUGCACCAUGCUCCACUGCUACUGCCAAUAUCUCGAUGGAUGGGGUGAUCCAUGGAGGAGCUCGUCAACCCAACAACGUCACUAGUUAUCGUGCAGCUUGCGGCCACUGCUUGAAGGUGAACACGCGCGUGACGCAACGUAAAGAUGGAAAACAAAUGAAGGUGAGACUUCCGGUCGACGACGAGGAGUGCAGCAACAGCCAACUUUCCGAAUUGGGUAAAAGAAUUUUUCAAGAACUUGACACGGAUGGAGAAGGACGAGCUGUUAAUCGGGGUUACCUCCUUGUUGUGGAUUACCAAGUUGUGCAAUGUGAUGAUGAGCAUUGA